AUGGCCUCGGCACAGCAGCGUGCGCACCGUCGUCAGCAUUCUCCGGCUUCGUUUUGUCUCUCCCUUGAUGUCGUGGGACCGUUUGUGCGUGUGGCAGAUGAUGUCUCGCAUAAGCGUCGGUAUGCACUGGUAGGUGUCCUCGUGGUCCCUGUCGAUGCGCAGGGUAAACCAGUUUUGGGUGAAGACCAAGAGCAGGCUUCGGGUGAGGAUAAGGAUGCUUGCGUGCGGGAUGUUGAUCCUGACUUCGAGGAGCUUCAGAAGGACGUUGAUGAGUGGUUCGGUGCUCUUGCGGAUGAUGCUUCCGAAGUCUAUGAGGGUCCUGAAGCCCUUUCGGAAGGCGAAAACUUGGAAGCUGAGGUCCCGCUGGAAGGUGAACGAUUGGACGCUCCAGAGGUUGGAGGUCCUGAGGAUGCGCGGGCUAAGCAGCAAUCCGAUUAUGAAAAGGAGGCUGAGGGCAUGGCGUGGAGAGAAGUUGUUUUUGUGGAGCUGUUGGAUCGUAAGACCCCGCAAAGCGUGUGCUUGGCGGUUGGCCGUAUUCAUGCUCAACUUGUGGAGCUUGGCUUUCCAUUAGCUCGCAUUCAUGCUGACGCUGGUACUGAGUUUACUGAUGAGCGUCUGCGGGAGUAUGCUGCGUCUCGCGGUAUCCUCCUUACACUCGCCCCUCCCACCGAGCAUGACAGUAACGGUAGAGUUGAGAACGUCGUCAAAAGACUCAAAGUCCAAGUACGAGUGUAUUUGCAGCUGGUGGGUAAUGAUACAUCUAAGUGGGCCCUGGCCUUUCGUGCGGCGGCCGCCGCAUGGCGAGCCGAUACCUUGAGGAAGUUUGGUAUGGCGGUUAAACCGAUAGUGCCGUUCGGCACCCGGACCCAGGUUUUGGUUCGACACUGGCUCAGGCGUCGGCAGCGAGAAUGGCAUAUGCGUGCUACUCCGGCUGUCGUUUUGGCACCGGCCACGUAUGUGAGACAAGGCUAUGUCGUCAAAGUAGGCAACAAGCUUUCUGUCGUUAGUAAACUUCACUUUGGCGAAGAAUCGGAUUUGCAACUUUUCGUUGGCAAGGGCUUACCUCCGAUUGCCGAGCCCGGGGCCGUGAGACGGCGCAUGCGUGGCAAGGUAACUCCCUCUCCUGCAUUUCGGAUUUGGGGUAAGCGGUCUUUGCGAGCUUUGCGCGAGAGACCGGGGCCAGGGAUUGAUGAGGAUGCUCAGGCGGCCCGGUUGGCAGAACAGGCCGUGGUGCACAAGGACACGUCGAACGAUUAUGAGUCGCGUUCCGGUUUGGUGCCUUUGCAGGUUCCGGAGCGCGGUGAAGUUGAGGUUGUGUUGAGUUGCGUGAAGCUUGGUUGUGAUGUCGACGUGAGCUUGGUUGAUAGCGUUCAGGCGGUCUCGGACAUGAGUUUGGCUGUGCGUGAUAAGGGUGCGGUGGAUCUUGGCUUGACCUUGGAUGAUAACUUGGUUGAAGCGUCGUGCCCCAUGGAUGAGGCUACCUUGAGUUGUCUUGGUGACCAAACUUCUGCUCAAGUGGAUGGCACUGGGAGUCAUGUUGAUGGUCCUUGCGCUUGGUUGCUGAGUGGUGAAACUUUUGAUGCAGCUGACCGUCAGGAUCAAGAGGAUGAUGCUGCUAGCGUGUGUAGUUGGCAUACCGCGUCUGAAGGUGAAGUUGAGCAAGCUCCAUGGGACUUGUCAGAGCUGACGGCUCACAUUGAGGAGCUUGAUCGUGCUCAGUUGAGGUUGAGCGGGUUCGCUGAGGACCGUUUGGCGCGUUGGCUUGAGCAUGCAGGUGGGAGUGAGGCCGUUGAUACUUUAGGCGAUACGGACUUGGCUGAGGUCCAAGGGGCAUGGGAUAGAGUCCACGAGCUUCGCGAGGAACUGAAAGCUCUAACUGCGGUUGAGGUGUCCACGCGUGCGUCUGAGGAUGAUGGUACAGACACGGUGCUGCAGACCCGAACUGUAUCUCUACCGGAGGUCCUGGCGAACUGGGAAGUUUGGGAGCAUCCUGCAAACAAGGAGAUUUCGGCCUUGGUGGAUGAGAAGCGCGCCUUGAUUCCAGUUGAUUGGAAACAAGUGCAGCGGUGGAAAGACUCUGGAAAACGAGUAAUCACCAUCCCUGCUAAGGCUGUGUGGACAAUUAAGGCUCCGGAUGGUCGGCAUAAAUGUCGAAUAGUGGCGUGUGGAAACAUGGCACCCUCGAAGGAUGAAAGUCGGCAGGAUCACAAGGAUGCUGUGUUUGCCUCUUCCCUUGAUGUCACACACCUUCGAUGUGCCUUGGCAGUAGCUGCGAGACGUUCCUAUGAGAUAGCCAUCACUGACAUUAGGACCGCAUUUCUUAAUGCGGAGCUUUUACCGAGGGCGAGGGCCAAGGCGGAGCAAGCCGCUGCGGCGGCUGCGCAGGGAGAGAGCGUACCAAUCGAUGAAAUCGUGAUCUUAAUCCCUCCGCGUUGUUUGGUGCAGCGGGGCUUAGUCGGCAAAAACACCCUUUGGCAGGUGGCCAAGGCGAUUUACGGACUUGACACUAGUCCUAGAGACUGGAGCCUGAGUCGAGAUUUCUCGCUGAGGCGGGUAGUCGUGAAGUAUAAAGAUCAGGAGCUCAGAUUGUUUCAAUCGUUUGCGGACCCCAAUCUCUGGCUUAUCGCCGAGAGCGAACCGGAGUCGUACAUUAAAGACCUUGCGGAUCGUUACUCCCAUGAGCUUCAGAAGGUUAAGCAUUGCGGGACCCCGUUGGGACCAGGGGUAAUGGAGCCGGAAGCAGUGGAGAACAUUGACAGCAGUGUACUUCGUAAGUGUCAGCGUUUGAUUGGCGAAAUCCUGUGGGUCAGUGUGCGUACGCGUCCAGAUGUGUCGUUUUCGAUAUCCAAACUUGCGCAGUGGAUGAAUCGUGACCCGUCCAGAACUUACCAACUGGGGUUGCAUGUGCUUGCUUACCUGGUUGAUUCUGCGAAUGUUGGAUUGGUGUACUUGUGUUCUGAUCCGAGCGGCCCAAGACCGGGACGAAAGGAGGUUGGAUGUAACAACCUGCUGGAAGUGCUCACGGACAGUUCAUUUGCACCGGCUUACAUGACUCAAAGCUCAUGUGAGACUGAGCUCUUAGCAACGGCUACAGGAUGUUGCUUUGCACAGGCUCAUGUCUACCUCUUGGCGGAAUUGGCACAGAAAGUCGUUGAGAAUCAAAGCUCGCACGAUGCGCGAGCGGUACCAAGCCUUUGGGAGCUCAACGCGUAA